UUAAUUCAUUUUGCCAAUGAUGGGCAAAGCAUGAUGUACUUUGCCUUCUCCUCUUCGGACCCCGAUGACACAUGUCACAUUCAUUCUUCGGCGGUGGUGUUGCAGGGUGCUGGAGAUUAUAUUGGGGGCAUCAACAUGUUAUCCGGAUUGGAUGGCUAUGUGCGAACAGCAGCAGAAUCCAGGCUUCUGAAGUGUGUUGUCAGGCGGCACAAAUUUUGGGAAUGCCUCUACCCUCUUGUGCAUUGGCCGCAUGUCAAGCAAUGGAGUCAAAGACAUGGCCUUAAUCCACUCUUUGUUUUGGCACUGAUUCGAAAGGAGUCUGGAUAUCAUGCGGCAAUUCAAUCCUGUGUUGGUGCGAGGGGAUUGAUGCAGAUAAUGCCAGCUACCGCUGCAUGGACAGCAGAGAAGAUGAAUGUAGGAAGCUACUCAUUAGACUCAGCAGACGAUAAUAUCAAGCUCGGCACUUCGGAGACUCGGGACUAUGUGAAGGGAGUCUUCAAGAAUUACUGGAAUUACCUUUGCCUCUACAAUGAGGAUGUUGCUGCCCAGACACGCCGCGUGUUGAUGGAAGAAGGCCAGUCAGCGACUAUGGUCGGCACCAAAUCAACGGCUGCAACAGCAAUGACAUCAUCAUCCAGAAAUUACGUACGUGUAUUGAUGGAAGAAGGCGAGUCAGCGGGGGAAGUCGGCACCAAAUCGACGGCUGCAACAAUAGCACCAUCAACGACUGACAUUGCUCUGCACAGAACAGGGGGGGAGGGCGAUGAGGGUGGGGAGUCAGAGGAGAAGGGUGGUGAGUGUGAGAAGUUUGAAAGCACAGACCGUGCUCUAGCUAUGGCGACAACUGCAAGGAAGGCACCAUCAACGUCGAAAGCGGUUCCACAGAGAAUGGAAGAGGAGGAGGGUGAUGAGGGUGAUGAGGGUGAGGAGAAGAAGAGGGACGAAAAAGACCAGGAUGGACCAUCCACUGUUGAGGAAGACGAUGGAGAGGAUAGCGGAACAGAGAGCAAAGGAGAAUUUUUAAGCAUGAGGCAGCCUGCGGUAUCAGAGAAGGACCCAAGUUUGGACCGCAAGAAAUGCUAAAAAAGACAUUAAUCCCUUCACAGAGAAGGAGGGGGGGGGGAGUUGGUGGGUGGGUGUGGGAGAUAGGGGUGGGGGGUUGAGGGGGGAGGGUUAAGGGGAAGAGGAUUGAGGACAUCAGUUUUUUAAAAGCAAGGCCAUAUGGAUGUUGUAAGACUAAAUGGACCAAAUGUGGCCGUAAAUGAGGUCCAAUGCACUCAGGACAGUCCAGGUGCCAUUCUAUGCCCAAGGAGAUGAAGCAAGAGUAGUAUUUUUGUUUUUUUUUCCUUCCGUUUGUGGAGGGGGAAGUUCAGAAAGGUUGGAGAGGGGGAAAAGGGGAGAGAAGGUAAAUAGCCCCCUUGGAAUAUUAAUUUUUCUUUUCUUUUUCUUCUUCUUUUUUUUUUAAUACUAACCUUUUCUGUUUAUCACUUGCUUCCCUUUCCACUUUGGAGCAAUUCUGAAUAACCCUUAUUAAACUACCACUGCCAAUCAAAGGAAAAUUGCUGG